AAAAAAGAACAUUAAAUUUUCAACGAAAAUAUGGAAGAUUUAUUUCUAUUGAUAAUCAAGGAGUCUACGGGGACUAAACAUAAUGCCCUACGACAGACUGCACAAAUAGCAUACGAUAAAUUAUAUCGACAACAUGGCAUACAUCGAGAUCCAUCACAUGAAUUGCGUUCGGUGUGCUUUACAGCACUGCAAAUGGCAUUAGACACCAAGCGACCAAAAUUUGUAACAAUGGGCUUAAACGGAUUGCAUAGAAUAAUAAAAGAUGAACGAUUUUAUAUUGGCUUGGAACCGGAAGAUGAUUCUGUUUGGUUGCCAGCCCAACUAUUGCGUGCUACAUCUAGUAUAUUGCCCACAACAAGUAAUGAGGAUACUGUUGUUAAUGUUUUACGUUUAUUUCUGGCAAUGGCAUGCUCUCCCGCUUGUACUUUAAAUGGACGUCUUCUCAUAGAAAUACUGUCACGUUGUGGAGAAUGUUGGGAACUGGGUUCGAGAGCAACAAAGGCUGCUUCAUUGGCAGCUGCCUCACAGUGUUUACGAACAUUUUGUACAUUUCUAAUAGAAGAGGCCGAGGAUGUCAAGAAAACUGCACCAGCUGGUUUAAUGACACAAACUCAGGCUACAGCGGUAUACAAUGAGGUAAUUCCCGUAAUGCAGUGGCUUUGUAGUCGUUUGGUGGAGCCCAAUGUUACCAGUUCACCCAAUAAAAAAGUGGAAAACACUUGUACUCUAUAUUUAACGGAAUGUAUAUUGACUUUAACAUCAUCCUUGCCGCGGAAUGUGUACGCCAAUCCACAUUUCACUUCGUUUCUAUGGCAAAAGUUUUGUCCCACUUUAGCCGCUGCUUUAGGGUCACCAGGCCGAGUAAAUUUGGAUAAGAAAUUUACUUACAAAGAUGCUUUACAUAUUAUAGAAAAUGAGGCUAGAGGAUUUUUUACUGGACCUGGUUUAGAUGGCGCACAGGCUCGCUGUGUUUAUCUUACGGGUAUACAACUGUUAAGAAUAGCCGGUUCUCAUGGCUCCUUGAGACCCAUGUUAGAGGCAUUAUUCCAUCGCAUGCUAUUGCUUCCAACUCCACAGAAUCGUACAGAACCUUUAAAAUGUGUGCGAGAAAUAUUCCGAAGUCCAGAACGUUUAAUAGAUUUAGCUGUGAUUUUGUAUGCCGAUAAAACUACUGCCCAAGGUUGCAGUGAUGAAAUGGCUCUUUUUAGAUUAAUGAUCGAUGCCAUGGAAGAAUGUGCUUACGGCGCUGGUAAUGGUACUGUUGUCGAGGCCAGUUUGCAAGCCAGUGUAGAGUGCAUGGUUGCUCUACUGCAAAGUCUUCAGGUACUAUGUACCGGCGAAUUAACUGAGACUAUGAUAAGUGACCAAAUCGUGAACGUAGUAAACUCUCGCUAUGGACAAUUAAAAGAUGCCGAUUAUACAGGACCGCUGACAUACCAAUCAAUGGCCCGUUUACCGGCCUCCUAUCGAGAUGCCGUAGUUGAAUUUCGUCAGAGUGUUUAUGAGGCUUCGUCGGGUUCGGAAAGCGAAGGAGAUCAUCAUAUAGAAAAUGAUGCCGCUUCGAAUGGUUCUGGCGACACUGAGGGACCCGAAGAUGAAGAACAUUCAACUUCGAGUGAUGAGGCCUCCAGGGCUGAACUUAAUCGCUGGCCAUAUACAAAUCUGGAAGUGCCAGUGUUUCCGGUACGUUCAGAUGUCGAUACUGAUCGGCAGCAUGCUCGGGAUUUUGCAAAAGCAUUGCACUCUGAUUUGGUUCCUAAGCUCUUGCGUUUACGUUCCUGCAUUGAAGUCGAUGAAGCCAUGCAAGAGUUUGCCUCGGCAGUGUGUCAAGAAAACAGCGCCAACAUUUCAGAUUUUGAUUACAACUUUACGGUUAUCAAUGCCGAUGGCAUAUAUUUGGCCAUAUAUUCGGCCUUGCUACUUAGUUGGCAGCUCAAGAAAGCCGGUUAUUAUGCGGACAUGCAAAAGGAAAUUAUGAUACCCAUGUCCGAGCAACAGUUUGUUACAUCCGUCCAGAAUACCGGUGUUUUGGUAUAUCUUUCUUCAGCUUGGCUGUGUGAAUUGUACCAGAGUGUAUUGAUCUUAAAUAUAUUGGAAUCCUUGGAUAGCAAUGAUCAGGAAGGUGGUAACAAUCGUUGUGCCUUGAUUGAUAUGCUAUGCGAUGCUGGUGGUUUGGGAGCAACCCAAAUGAUGUCAGAGUGGCAGAGAUUACAGUCGGCCAAUGUGAAGUAUACGGACGAUGAACAUAGUACUGCACGACGUGAAGCUGCCAAGAAACUAAGCAGACGUUUGCUGACCUGUUGCUGGGAUUCAAUGGUUUUGGUGUUAAGUUCGGGCUUGGGUGAUUUGCCCUCAUCCAGUUCGAGUAAAUUUGUGGCAUUAUCUAAACGCACCUUGAGGGUAAAAAGUAAAACUGCCAAAUCAAAUGGUGAAGCAUUGUAUGCCAUGUGUUUGGAUGGUUUGCACUCGGCUGCUACCUUAAGCAAUAACUUAAAUUUACAGCACUUGGCUGGCAAGAUUCUUAAUUUGCUGGCUUCAAAUGUUUGUCAAACGACUGGUCCACGUAUUUCUGCAAGUCAGGCCUUGUCCAUGGAUGUUGUUCUUAGUGGUGGUCUUAAUUUAGGUUCCUAUAGUCCAGAUUGCUGGCAAUCUAUAUUCGCCGUUUGUCGUCACGUCAGCCAGUUGGAGCAUGAAAUAUUUAGCAUGCGAAAUCCUUCGGUGGCAACUUCAUCGCCCAAUGGUAAUCGUGACAUAGAGACGGGAGAGAAACUGCAAUGUAAUGGAGGAGGGCAGAAUGAAAAGCUUAAUUUAGCUUCCAUACCCAUAGAUGAUGAUGAAACUUGUGUUGAUGUCUAUAGCUUCCUACAAGCUCCACUACGUAGUCCCAACACAAAUAUUACUUCGAUUCUAAAAGUGUACUCGGGCACCAACGAAACUGUUCUACUGAGUCCCAGCGAUACGACAAAAGUUCUUUGUGGUCUCUCGCAACAGGCAGAAAAUCUCUUUAGUGAUGCGGCCGAACGUUUAAGUUUGCCCUCUUUGUGUCAGUUCUUGAAAAAUCUUUGUAGAGCCUCCCGGGAACAGUUGUACAAGAACACUACCACGCGUAAAGGCAGCCGGGUGUGGUGGCCUAGUAAGGGCUGGCGUAAACAUGAUACUUUGCCAAUGUCUCUACUUUUACAUCGUAUAGGCGAUGUAACGCUUAAAGUAUUUCGCAGUCCCAGACCAUUAUUACAUAUACUCAAGAUAUGGGCCAUAACAGGGCCGCACCUAAUGGAUACAGCUUGCCAUAGAGAUCGAGUUAUAUCAAAGCGGGCUAUAGAGUAUAUACAUGAUAUAGUUACGGCCUUAUUGGUGGAACAAUCUGAGCUGCCAUAUUUUCACUUUAAUGAAGCUUUGCUAAAACCAUUUGAGAAUCUGUUAAGCAUGGAUUCAUGUGACUCCGAUGUACAGGAUCAAAUUGUAGCAUGUUUGUACGAAAUUGUGGAAGCUCAUCGCACGGAAAUAAGGUCCGGCUGGCGUCCCUUGUUUGGUACCUUACGCAAUGCCAGAAGCCGCAUGUUAAACGCAAGCAAUAUCAUCGAUAUAUUUAGAGUAUUUUUAGAUUCCGACAACACUUUGGUUUUUGCUAAUGCGGGCCUCGAUUGUAUUUUAUGCUUACUAUCAUUCCUCGAGGUACCAGGAGCUGGAGGAGGGGGUGGCGGUGGAGUAGGUGGUGGAGGUGGAGGUAGUGCAGCAAAUACUGGCAGCUCUACAGGUGGUAGUGGUGGUAGUGGGGGCAAUACCAACGAAGAUGAUAAUAACUUUAGACCCACAGAAUUUUUGCAUGAAACUUUACGUUUCCUAGAACGUUGCUCUUCCAUUUUAGGUUUCAUGUACAAUAUGCCGAAAUGCCCGAAUUUCCAUUCCACCUACAAGAUCAAGGGCAUAUCAUAUACUCAUAUUAUCGAUGCCAACAUACCCAAUUCCAUGGAAAAUUUCACCUAUUUUGGCAACGAUUAUUUACAAACCAAAAAUGAACAACAUAUGAUUUCUUAUCGCUCUUUGCAUAUCGACAAGGAGACUAUAGUAAAAAUCGAUGAAAUGGACAAGCCAUCUGGAGUGCUCAAAGUAUGGUUUCUUCUAUUGGAUGGUCUUACAAACUCCUUGAUAGUGUGUCCCUAUUCACAUCAGGCUCCCAUAUUGCAGACAAUCUUUAAGCAUUUUAAGAAUCUACUAACAAAUCCCGGCAUAGAAUUUGGUUUCUAUUGCAUAAAUCACUUGUUGAUACCUAUGAUACAGGAUUGGUUGAGGUAUAUCAACAAGACCGGCACCUCGUGGCAAAUGGUGGAGAAGAAUUUCAAGCAUUGCUGCUGCAUGACCACAGAUUUGGUGGUGGAUUUUAUUAAAAUGUCCUUACCCGAAGUGCGCAAACAAGCAACGAAUACUAGAACUCGUGUCACACAGAUAUUACAACCCAAGGAUAAUGCAUAUUCUAAAUUGAAAUUUGUUACCGAACCAGUAGAUGAAAGAGUGGGUGGCACUGGAGGUGGUGCUCAAUACGACAGUACUUCUUCUAGCGAGGAAAGUUCCCAAGAAUCUAAAGAGACUAGCACAAAGGUGUCAAACUCGGCUACGCUGGCCCUGAAACAAUUGCUUCUCGUGCUCAUCGAAUGUGCUGCCCAGGUCCAAGAAACUGUGGCUCGCGUUGGAGUUUCCUGCCUGAAACAUGUUAUACUGUCCACAGGAACUUUGUUUAAUGAAUACCAAUGGAUGAUUGCCUGCUCGGCCAUACACAGGGCCUGCACUGUAACCAUAGCACCUUUGCGCCAAUUAUCCUUUGCUUUCCACGAAAAAUCCAAUAGCUUUUAUGGUGACUGUGCCAAUGUCAAGGUAGCGGCCCGGCGAGACAGCACUAUUGAAGAAUUAACACGCAUAUACUCUUUGGCCCAGCAAGUAUUUCUCUCCGAUAAUCAGAGGGAGCCUGGAGUUAAACUAAACAAUCAUUUGGAUAAACAUUUGACGGAUGACCGCAGCUAUUCGUUUCUGUUGUAUCCCCAAAAUAAUGGCUUCAAUUCCAAUCUCGAUAACUUUGUCAUAAGAAUACCCUUCAAGACCCUAGUGGUGGGUUUACUGGCCAAUCAAAUGCUGCUGCAAUUGGUGGCUAAAUUGCUGCUCUCCCGUUUGAAAUGUGUACCACAGGCCGUGUCUACUUGUAUUUUUGACAACUACACCACCGCUACACAGCAAUGCUAUGACUACGACUUGGAUUUCCGUUCCAAGGAGAUACUAUUGCGUUGUUGCUUGCAGUUCCUAACAAGUGCUUUGGAAUUUGAUUCACGCCCAGGCCUCAAAUUUCUAAUGCAAAAGGUGGCCAAUAUAGAGUAUGCAGCCAAUUUGUAUAAACAAAUGACUUCAUCCUGGAUGAUUUACUACAUAGCUUUGGUCGAUUCCUAUUUAAACGAUAUUGUAAUUUACAAUCUAGGACCCGAGGACUUGAACUUUAUUCUGGAGUCCUGCUCACGUCUCAAUACCACGAAGGUCAAGAAGAAAGAGAACUUUGUUAGAUAUUUGUUUUGCCUGCAAGACGCCUGGAAUCUGGUGUGUGAGCUGUAUUUAAGCAACUCUACACUGCAUGACAUAGAAAAUGGCCGUCUACGUUCCAGUAAUGCAGAUAAUGCAGACCUAAACAAACUUAAUUCUUCUGCAAAAAAUAUCAAAUCAAUGUGUAUUACCUUGAAUGGCAAUAUUGAAAGUGGCAGCACCUCCGGUUUGGCAGAAAACAACGACUAUUCACCGCAAAGAUCGUCAAACUCACCCGAAGAGGAAAGCGUCACCAUGACCACAUUAAUCAGUGAGUUUCAACCCAAAAGUCGCAAUAAUCCAUUCGAUACAAAUCGCCCACAAAAACCCGAAUCGGAGACAAUAUCACCCGAAAUCGAACAACAGAGAGCCACCAGCAUUCUAAAAGACUCCAAUUACAAGAGGGCAGCUUUGGCCCAACUAGUGGUGGCCUCAAUGGAACUGUUACGAUCGCUGCCCGGCGAAGCUGAGGGUAAUUUGAAACUAUUAAUGACGCCGACAAUACGCGAAGCAUUCCGUUUGGUGCAGUUGCAAGGCAACGAACUAAAAGUUAACCAAUUUUAGGUUUUGCUUGUUGAGUUUUAUUUUGACUUGUAAGUGUGUAUUAAUAAUAUGUAUGACAAGCGCAUCAGAGCUUUUAAUCCAACCAAAAAUCCAAAUAUCUCUUUCUCUAUCUUUUUUAAACUUUAAAUCCUAAUUCCCU